AUGCUCAUUGAGAUGAUUCUGCAGCGCAAAGAGCGGAGCAAUUUCCAGACGAAGCUCCGAGCGCCGCUGGAGCUGGAGGAUGCUCGCUGGAGCCCGGAGCAGCGGGCGCUGAUUUUGAAGAUUGAGGAGAAGGUCGCGGAGGUCAGCGGAGGGCCGAUCCAUCCGGAUGAGACGGCGCUGGUGGGUACGCUGACGCCGCCCCAGGCUCAGGGUGGCGUGACUGGGCAUUUGGGACUUCAUGUCGAUACCAAUGCAGCGCACUGGCGCUUUUGUACCGCCAUCAUCUACCUCUCCAGCCUGGGUGACGGCCUUUGUGGGGGUGAAACCGUUUUUCCCGCUGCGCUGCACCUCGAGAACGAAGGACCUCCAAGUGAGCUGGAGGAACGGGCCAUUGAGGCUGCGGGAGAGCUCUUGGAUCUCAAUCUCGACCACACCGACAAGGCUUUGAACCUCUCGGAAGAUCCAGCGGCCAACCCGGACAAAGCAGACCGUGCCUCCCGCGCUGCCCGCGAGCUCCUCGCCCGCGCAGACGCCGCGGAGCCCACAGGGCUUCGGGUACAGCCGCAACAAGGAUCCAUGUGCGUCUUCUGGACGAGACAGGACGAUGGUGAGAUUGACCGCUUUUCCUGGCAUGGAGGCAGGUUAGUUUUCUGUUGA